AUCAUUCUGUCAAAUCUUCAUCAUCAGUCCGGUCCACAGCAGCGUGUUGAACUAAAAACAAACAACGUGCUGCAGGUUGAAAGUUUGAAAAAUUCCUAAAAACUUUCCUCACUUUUCUGUAAGUAGUUCUAAUUAAAAACAAGAAUAAAUAUGAAACGUUUAACGGAGGAGAAAACAAAAAUCUUAUUUGAGAAGCUGUCUAAAUAUAUUGGACCAAACGUGAAGCUUCUAAUCGAUCGACCAGAUGGAACCUACUGCUUUAGGGAAAUGAACUCCCGCGUGUACUAUGUAUCAGAGAAGAUUCUUAAACUUGCUGAAGGCCUCAAGAAGAAUGAGCUUGUAUCCCUCGGUACGUGUUUCGGUAAAUUUACGAAAGGAAACAAAUUCAUCCUUCACAUCACGGCGUUAACAUUUUUGGCGCCGUAUGCUCAGUACAAGAUCUGGGUUAAACCCUCAACAGAGCAGCAGUUCCUGUACGGAAACCACAUUACCAAAACCGGCUUGGGCAGAAUCACGGAGAAUACCCCCAUGUAUCAAGGCGUAAUUGUGAUGUCGAUGAACGAUACACCUCUGGGAUUCGGCGUGGCGGCAAAAUCGACUGCAGACUGCAAACUUGCUGAUCCCUUGGUAACAGUAUGCUUCCAUCAAGCUGAUAUUGGGGAGUACAUAAGAUCCGAAGAUACACUUAUAUAGAUCAGAUCAAUAAAGUAAGUUGUUUUCUACAUUUUAUACAAUCAA